AUGGUGGCUGUAGCGAACGGCGGAGGGCGGUACAGCGGCGGCGGCGGCGGCAGCCGCCACAGCCGCCGUACGUGCAGUGGAACUGGCAGCGCCAGGAGGGCAGCGGCGCCGCCACCGCCGCCGCCGGCCUUGCUAGAGGAAGUGGAGCGUCUGUUGUGCAGUUGUGACAGUUGGCAGUUUGACACUUUCAACCUACAAGAAGUCAGCGGAGGCCACGCCCUAUCCGUCCUAGGGUUUUACCUGCUACAGCGAGAGGGUCUGUUGGAGCGAUUUCGCGCGGAGCCGCUCCGUAUGGCCCGGCUGCUCCGGACUUUGGAGGCGGGCUACCCAGCCACCAACCCCUACCACAACUCGGCUCAUGCCGCGGAUGUGCUGCACACUCUGCAUGUGCUGCUGCACGGAGCUCGACUAACAGAGCACUACCUGGACGAGCUGGGGCUGAUGGCGGCGUACUUUGCGGCGAUCGUUCACGACUACGGCCACCCCGGCCUCACCAACGACUUUCUGGUGGCCACCUCCCACCCCCUGGCACUGAGGUACAACGACCGAGCCCCCCUGGAGAGCCACCACGCGGCCGCGGCCUUCACUCUGCUAGCCGACCGACCUGACCUGGACGUCACUGCGGGCCUUAUCGCCGCGGAGAGGGCGGCAUUCCGGAAGCAGGUCCUAGAGCUCGUCCUGGCCACCGACAUGAAGCAACACUUUGCCGUACUCAACCAGUUUAAUACGGUACAUAGACUGGCUGGCAAGGUGGAUAGCGGCUCGGGCUCGGGGGGGGUUGGGGGGAGCGCAACGUUCAAUGGCAAGGGGGACAACGGGAAUGCAGCAGCUGCAGCUGGAUCAGCG